CAGUGCACGAGUGGAUCAGCUGGAUGCGGCAAGAUGGCGCAUCUUCAGAACGGGUGAGGAAUUUGGUUAGGUUGGGUUGAAUGCGGGAAUACCUGGUGGAAGCGACCUGUCAUUCGCUGCCUUCUCUUUGAUACGAUGGGAAGGUAUUCUCGCACCGACGGUAAGCACCGAUCGAGAAAAGAAGACAAUGCUCAAGUGCAUGAAGGUAGAAUGUCGCGGAGAGAUCACGAUCACGAGAAACAUGGGAUCAAGCGAUCGAGGUCCAGGCAAGAACAGAAUUCGGGAAAAUCCAAUAAGAGGUGCAGGAAAUCAAAAGACGAAGAUUCUCGUACGCGACGCGAGUUGCGGAAGAAGUCGUCCAAACGUAAAAGUCGAAGGAGGGAAUCGUCCUCGUCCUCCUCGUCUUCAUCUUCGUCCUCCACCUCGAUCAACUCCAGCAAAAUCAGCACUGGCUCGUCCACAGAUUCAUCCUCAGACUCUACAAAAUUGCUUGAGAAGCUGCAGAAGCAACGGCAGAAGCAGAUAGAAGAGCGCAAACGACAAAAGGAAUUAAUGAAAGCGACAGAAACACCAGAGGAGAAGCGUUUACGUCGCCUGAAGAAGAAAGAAACCAAGGAACGCAGACGUAAGGAAAGAAUGGGUUGGGACAAUGAUUACUUGCACUACACAAACACUGACAAUCCAUUUGGUGAUGGCAAUAUUUUGUCAACAUUUGUAUGGUCCAAGAAAUUGGGUAAGGAAGGUCUGCUCGGUGUGGGCAGAGAGGAAUUGGAGAUGCGCAAUAGGUACAAGCAAGAGGAGAACAAGAGGGAACUGGAGAAAGUGAAAAAGAGGAGGCAAGAGAGAGAGUUGGAGCGACAGCAAAGAGAGGAAGAAAUGACCAUGUUACAAAGAGGCAAAGAGGCCGCUCAGCUGGAACAGUGGGCCAGGCAGGAGGAUCAGUUUCAUUUGGAGCAAGCCAGAUUAAGAUCUCGUAUCAGGAUCCAGGAUGGUCGUGCGAAACCUAUUGACCUUCUUGCCAAGUAUAUCAGUGCGGAAGAGGACGUCGAUGCGGUGGAAAUGCACGAGCCUUACACGUACCUGAGAGGUUUGCAAGUUAAAGAUUUGGAGGAUCUGAUAGAGGACAUCAAAGUUUAUAAGGAAUUAGAAAAGGGCAAGAAUCUAGAUUACUGGAAUGACAUAACGGUGAUUGUGGAGGAUGAAUUGCACAAACUCAGAAAGUUGGAACGUACAGAGUAUGAAGUUGCCGUCGGUAGAAGGGAAGGAAUCCACGAGUCGGUGGCGAAAGACGUCACGGCUAUUUUCAAGGGUAAAACCGCGACGCAACUGGAAGCCUUGCAACAACAGAUUCAGGCGAAGAUCACAGGAAAACCGGAGGGCGUCGAUAUCGGAUAUUGGGAGAGUCUUUUAUCACAAUUAAAAGCCCAUAUGGCGAGAGCGCGACUCAGAGACCGACAUCAGGAGAACCUGCGUAAGAAGCUGGAAGUUUUGAUCGCCGAACAAGGCGUGGCCAGAGCGGAAAGCGAGACUGAAAGCGGCGUGCAGGUGCCGAGCGAGUCAUCGGCCAAGCAUGAAACCGAACCUUCCACUAACGCCGCUAUGGUCAACGACAAGAACGACGAGAACAGCCAAUCCGACGACGACCAAGAGACUAACGCCGCCGACGAUUUGUUGUCUGAAUUCUUCUGCGAGUACGAGUCGGGCGGUUACUCGCCCGUCUACGUACCGUAUUCGCAGCUUGAACCAGGCACGAUCAUCACUCAGGAGGACGACGACAAUCAGCGACUGGAAUAUGCGAGACAGCAAGUACUCAGCACUGGCAGGAAAAUCCAAAACGUCCUAACGGCCGAAGAACAGGCCAUGCACAGAGAAGCACGCAAGAAUAUGGGCUCGGACGAGGCGCAGUUUAGUGUCGAGUCGUCAUUGGAGGCGCAGAUCUACCUGUGGUCCGACAAGUACAGGCCGCGUAAGCCGCGUUACUUCAACAGGGUGCACACCGGCUUCGAGUGGAACAAGUACAACCAGACGCAUUACGACAUGGACAACCCGCCGCCGAAGAUUGUGCAAGGCUACAAGUUCAACAUCUUCUAUCCGGAUCUCAUAGACAAGAACACCACGCCGGAAUACUUUCUGCGCUCCUUCCAGGAGGAGCUAGAACGGCCAAAAACGGCGAACCUGGAGCGGCCGAGCGUGUUGAAUCCCGAGCUAGUGGACAAGCUCGACAUGUCACUGCUCAGCAAAGAGCUGCUGUGCGAUUCGAUGACGCGAUACCAUCAUCAGGUCAGAUCGCUGGCAGCGAUCAGUGGAGGCACCGCGACGACGACGACGACUACGACAGCGGCAGCGGCCACAUCAUCGUCGUCGUCGUCGUCGUCGUCGUCGUCGUCGUUAUUGCUGCUGCCGUCGCCGUCGUCGACGCGACGACGCCAGAGCGCCGUCGUCACCGGCGACGUGCAACCACGACGUACCACCACUUGGCCCCGCGACAACGUUCCAGUGCGCCAACAGCGACGGAGCUUUGAGCAAAUAUACGAGCCGCGAAUCUGCCAGAUGGAGAUCGGCCCGCAAUCGCCCAGCGGCGGUCAGAAGACUCUGCAGGAGUACCCACCCAUCAGACGAGGCUCCGAUGUCAGGAGGCUCGACGACAACAACAACAGAAACGGUCCUCUCAAAGUGCUAUCCACGGUGAAGAAGAAGAAGAACUCGAGAAUCGGUAUACCGAGCGACCUGGAGAUCUUCACAAACGCUUCGUCGAAGAGCGCGCCUGAGCCCUGCAAGACCUGCGGCCGACCGGACCAGCCGGAAAGGUUUCACAGCCACCCGAAUGGCUGUCAGACCAAGAUCAAGGACAUUCCGGCGACCACGACGAAGCCAUCGAGGAGCGUGCCAGUGCCCAAGUCCAUUCAGAAGCCGGUGGCGUUGAAUUUCCGCAGCGACAGGAACAAGCACCGGCCGGAGGAGAUCGAUCCCCGCGAGAUGAAGCCGACCUGGACCAGUCCAGGCCAGGAUCAUCCUCGAGACGGUACUCCCCGACAGACGACCACCAGGAGGCCGUCUACCACGACCAAACGGGGUUCGAGGGCUCUUACGUGCUACAUCUGCAGUCGGGAAUUCGGCACCGCCAGCUUCCCCAUACACGAGCCCAAGUGCAUGGAGAAAUGGGAGCGUGAAAACAACUCGUUACCUCCGUCCCAGAGGCGGCCCAGGCCGCAGAGACCGUCGGUCGGGAUCGAGCACACCGACUGGAACGCAGCCGCAUGGGAAGAGAGUCAGGAGCAACUGGUGCCAUGCGCAAAGUGUGGAAGGACGUUUCUGCCGGAACGCUUGCCGAUCCAUGAGAGAAGUUGUAAGGCGACACCGAAGAGUAAUGAGCCGAGGCUCGAGAGAUUAUCCACGGCAAUGGCGAAACAAACGUCGGCGAACACGCGCUCUGUCGGCCCGCCCACGGUCGCUUGUAAGGUGUGCGGCCGGAGAUUCGGUACCAGAAGCAUCAAGAUCCACGAGCCACAGUGCAACCGACGAUGGCAGGCGCAAAGCGACUCGACGGCUUCCCAUAGGGAUCAACCGGACACUCAUGGUUCUCAGCGGUCAGCCAUCGGUAGCCGGGAGAGUCCACCGUCGAUGUAUCCGGACAUGUCACAGAAGAGGACCGUCACAUGCUACAUAUGCGGCAGAGACUUCGGCACGUCCAGCAUUGCUAUUCACGAGCCGCAGUGUUUGAAGAAGUGGCACGCCGAAAAUGACAAAUUGUCGCCGGCACGAAGACGAAAGGAGCCGCAGAAACCUGAGGUCAUAUACAUACGUACUAUACAUUCGGCAAUGAUGACUUCAAUGUUCGCAGAGGAUCCGCGCACGGGAAGUCUGGUGGUCGAUCAGGCAGCGACGGAGGAGGCCAAUUGGACGACCCAUCUGAGUCAGCUAGUACCGUGCAAACGUUGCGGUAGAACCUUUAAUCCGGAUCGCGUGAACGUUCACGAGAAGAGCUGCAAAGGAAAUCGCUAAGAGAGAGAGAGAGAGAGAGAGAGAGUGGAAGGUUCAUGAAAUUUUACAAUUUUUCCAAGCUCGAAUCGUGUAUCGGAUUCGCGUGUAUCAUAUGUAUAACGUUCGAGAUUGAAAAUCAGCGAAAUCACGUGUCGGUUUUUCACGCUUGACUAAAAAGUGUUCAUUACACCAAGUUGCCUCUUGCCUCGGGAUGACUUUCGUCAAAAUCUCAUCAGUUUAAUCGACUUUAUAUAUUAUCGGUCAAGUAUUAUUUGCUUUUUCAUAAAAAAAGAAAAAUUCGGGCAAAUUCUAUCAAUUUCCUAGCCACUGCUGGACGAUUAUAUACGUAGAUUAUGAAAUAGAUGAAGGAAAUUAGUGUUGAAAAUUCAACUGGUUAUACAUUACUUUGCUUGAUUGGAGUUUGAUGAAAAUCGUCCUUAAUAUCCCGGUCUCUGAUCGAAUUCUGCUUGAUUAAGGGAAGGUAGGUAAAGAUAACGAUAAAUUGCAAUAAUCAAAUUUUACACUUUAGUGAUAAUUAAUGUCUGUGUUCUUGUACGAAGACUGUAAAUCAAUUCACAACACUUUAUACCAGUGUUUGGUCCGGUUCACAAUUUGAUUCGGCUCGAAUUUCAAGCUUGACGAGAUCGGAUACUUUAUACGUUAUUAUACGUACUUGCAAGAUCGCGUUAAACUCGAAUUAACAAUUUCCUAUUAGCCUUGGAGAAGCGGCGAGACACUUAUACGCUUAGACUAUUGAAAAUACUGAUAACCUUUUUUAAAACACGGCGUUCACAACGCGCACUCGUUUUGAACACGAAUGUUGUUAAUCACUCAUCGAUUCAAGAUAAGCGCCGUGUAUAACUGUGGUGUGUGUAACGCACGUUAGUCCGUUUUAGACGAAAGUUAAUUCGUUUAAUUACCGUUGUAUAUACGAGGCGUAUUCGCAGAGCUAUCGUGUAUUGAUAUUUGAUCGAGCGACAAUUUGCAACAUAGAGUGUCUUUGUAAGUGACUUAAUGAAAUUUUUGUAAAAUAAAAUCUAAUCGAGAGGGAGAGGAAGAGAGUGAAGGCGAUCGAGGAAUAACAUUUCAUUACCUUUA